CACGGCAAGCUAUAACAACCAAUCAAAACAUUUGGUCCAACCUGCUGCGUGCCGUGAAAGCCAAUCAAAUCCGUAGGAUGCCACCAGUCAAUCACACGCCACCGACCAAUGAAGUUUAGCUACUAUGUCGUCGCUGCAGUGUGACAUUGUAUGAAACUUCUUUAAGAAGACAGAAUUAAUACAAUUUCUGGGAAGUACUGUGGGCAGCAGAGUGAAAAGAGACCAGAACAAGAAGGAAAGACUGAGUAGAAGGAAGGAAGGAGGAGAUGGGGUGCAGCGGAAUUCUGGACUCCCCUUAACAGACACUGACCAAGGGACUCUUGGAGUGAGGACACUGUGGCAAGGAUUUGUGUACAGGUUUUGUUGUUUUCCCACACAGGUGUGUAUCUCUUGUGCCUCUCUGCAUAAAGUAGGACUGGUUUAGAAUUUCUUUUUCAGUCUGUAUUUUUGCUUCAACUAUCACAUAUUCCUGAAGAUUUAAACAGUACACCAGAUUGCCCACAAAGUGGAGCUCUGUCUCUGUGAAAGGGAGUGCUUAAGCUACUGGAAUGUAAAGGGUCAGCACUGGUCAUAUGGCCCUAAGGCAGCUGGGCUAUGAGCUACCACUUCCAGCAGGGGUACCAAACAGAGAGAGUGUGCCAGAACGACUAAUGGGAGAGACUGAAGCCUGCCCAGACAAAGGGAGCUUAAAAGCAUAUGGGUCCAGUGUGUGGGAAGUGAACCAAAUACAGCAGCCUGGUGAGUGUCCAGAAGGGGGAGUUUGACUAGACCUAUGACAAUGAGUAAAGAAGGAAUGCAAUUAUCCUUUUCUCUUCAUCUGUUAAAACAUUUUCUAAUAUUAAUGCUGAUUUUUUAUAAACUGGAUAGGUAGUAUUUAUUAUGUAUUAAAUAUGUACAAGCUUCACAGGUUAUGUCUUCAUGUUUCCCAGUUUGAACCCUUUUAAAAAAAAACUUCAAAUGGAUAAAGUAAAAGCUGAUGCGUUACAGACCCAGAGCCUGUAAUGCAAUCUGCUAGUGUGUAUUGCUGGAUCCAUGUGGAGUAGUAUUAAUUUCAAUGAGAAUCUUUUGGGAUGUAAGUGUCCAUGCUAGCAGAUGCUCAGAUAUGUUGGCAAUGGUUAGAUCGGUUCAACCAAUUUUUUUACGAAAUUAAUUAUGGUGUAAUGCUAAAUUAUCCAAGAGCAAUUUCACUGUCUAUCUUCAGACAAUUUAUUGCUACAAUUUACAUAUUGGAUGAAACUUGGGAAUCUCUUUGGUUAUACAGAAUCAUGUGCUCUCUUGCAAAGAUGGAAAUUUUAUUACUAAUUUAUGUUUUGGAAUACAAGGUGUGUGUUAUACAUGUCAAAAAAAGAUCCCAAGUACUUCAAUCAAUACUGGAGAACUUGUAUUCAAAACAACGUAUUUUUCAUAUUUUGGACACAUCUACUGAUAGAAUAACUGAAUCAAUAAAAUUGGAUUAGAACCCUUCAAUAUGCUGUGUUACUGGGAAGAUAUAUCAAUGGACAUAUCAAGAAACUAACUCUGCAGCUAUUACUCUGCAAAAUAACAAUGCAAGAAAUUGGCUACAUGCCUAGAAUCUUAAGUAUCACAGAAUGGAACAAACUUGUCUGUAUAUUUGAUUAGACUAGAAAGGUUAACUCGCUCAGCAAAUAGUUCUCGAUAUAGAUUACAAACGAUGUUCACUGAGCGCACAUGGAACUGUUAAUGCCUAAGGAAAUCAAAUACUAAUACAAUUCCAUUGCAGCUAUGGGUUACUUCUGACUCAGUACCAAAUAAGAGUUCUGAAUCAUUUAGGAUGCUCUAACUAGAGUUGUACAUCCCACAGUGGCAAACUGUUCCCCCAAGUAUAUCAUGAUGAGGGGCUUGUUUCUGGGUGCUGAAACUGACUUGCACAACUUUAAAAAAACACGUUAAUUAAAACAGAUGAAGACAGGGCAUAUGACAUGCCGGAUAUGCAGUAUGUAGGAAAUUAUCCUGAUUGAAGUCUUUAGAUGCUAUUGCAAUAUGAACAGGAAUAACUUUAAAAUGCAAUCUCUGACUGUGGUGAGAUAUUUGAUUUUAAGCUGAGAGCACAGGGUCUUCAAAGCACAGGCAGAUUUUUUUCCUUUUGAUAAUGCUGCUUUCCCAGGACAAUGGUUCUGACACUUGAAAAGCACACACCCACUUCUGCAUGGAAGCAUCUACAACGACUGGGCAGUUUGCAUCAACCAAUAUCUCGAUGGUAACUAUUUACUCUUCUGGUUAAGAUUUUAAAUUUUGUUUUAAACGAAGCCCUAACAGCGUUGUAAAAUGCGCCCUCCAUGUCUCGGGGGCAAACACAAUGUUAACAAAUACCCCCUCGGGGAACUUUGUUUUCUAGGCAGAGCGGAGAAGGCAGCAGUCUCGGCCGGCCCACCAGAGCCUGCCAGGGCCUCCUCUUCAAGCCCCGGUUCCCAGCACUGAGAGCAUCAUGGGAGGGCCCGGCUUGCCCGUUUGUCUAAUGAAAGUCAGGUUCAGCCUUGCAGGUUGCAGAGAAAAGCUUGCGAAGGGUACCAUCAGAAGAAGAGCGCCCGCGGUGCUUGUUACGUCUCCUGCUGCGGGGCGCUGCCACUCUGCUUGGGGCACUAGGUGCCCGAAGUCAGCAGACGCGGCGACCCCCACACCACCGGGGCUGUAUGCAGGCCGCCCGCUGGGCCGGGUACGUACCGGGGCUUGCAGCGGCCCACGGGCCAGUCGGUGCCUAGCCCAGCGCGGGAGAGCCGGGCUGCGCCCGCAGCAGCAAGCGGGACCCUGGCACGGAGCGAGGCGGGGGUGGAGCCUGGAGCGGGCGGUCGAUGGUUGGCAGGGCACUGGGGGAGGGAGGAAGAAGGAGGAGCCGCCACCGGCCCUAGCAAUACCUCCGCCUAUCCCCUUUAAGAUGAACAGGUGACACAAAGCAAGAGGCGUCAUAAAUGGUGAAAGCGCGCGGGAAACUGUAUUCUGCCUCCAUGAUUGGCCAGGAGAAUAAGACAACAACAGCGCGCGCCAAACGCCGCAACCGGCCCGGCCUCUUUACAGCCCACCAUAACGCCACGAAGGCCCCGCCUCCUUCCUUCAGCGGCCCAAUCAGUACCUGACCAGCUCCUUCAGAAAGGCGCCCCUACUGCAGGGCGGAGCAUCGCUUGGCUCACCGCCGCUGGCCCGCGAUCCCAAGAAGUUUCGAAUUCUGUUGGCCGGAGAGCGCCCUAGCCAAUGGCGGAGCCGGGAUGUGACCUAGCCCCGCCCACAUGGGCGUGACCGGCCACUUUCUCACAGGUGAUUGCCUGGACUUGGCUGUCACUCCAUUAUGUAUCAACGGGAUUCGGUGAUUGGUUCCGCCCAGGCGCGAAAUGUAACGCGGGAAAAUCUUGGGCUCGGCAGGGGCCGGGCUGCCUGCAGGUUCGGAGGGGUCGCGGCGGCGGCUCGGGUUCUGUUGUGACCGAGGCCAGGUUGUGGAACCGACACCGCCGCAAACAGAGAAGCGCAGGUGCGGCCGCUUCUCCGCGGGCUGCUGCCAUGGCCGGCGGCCGCCGCUGACACGGCGCAUCUGCAGGUCGGCGGCCGGAGCGGGAGGGGAGACACUGAGACCCAGAGAGGACCGGCCGGCGAUGAGUGGCUGAGGCGGAUCGGGCGGUGACAGGCGGCUGUAGGGUGAGAUCUCCGCGCCCGGGAGAGCGGGCCUGAACCGCUAUGGAGAUUCCCCGCCCCGCUGCCUGCGAGGGGCUCGCGAUGGCGGAGAGGCCGCCCCCGGUGAUCUUCUGCCAGGAUUCCCCGAAGCGUGUCCUAGUCUCCGUUAUCAAAACCACCCCGAUUAAACCGUCCCGGGGGGGCGACGAGCCGGCGCCCGCCCCGCCCGUCCCCACCAGCCCUGGCUUCAGUGACUUCAUGGUGUAUCCCUGGCGCUGGGGGGAAAACGCGCACAACGUGACCCUCAGCCCCAGUAGCGCCGCCGCUCCCUCCUCCGUCCAGCAGCCUCGAGGGGGGGUGGUCAGAACCUCCAGCGGGGAGGAUGAGGAGGCGGGCAGCCCGGAUAGCGGCGGCAGCCACCUGAAGGAUGGUAUUAGACGUGGCCGACCAAGAGCAGAGACAGUGCGAGAUCUAAUAAGUGAGGGAGAGCAUUCAUCCAGCCGAAUCCGUUGUAACAUCUGCAACAGGGUGUUUCCACGAGAGAAAUCUUUACAGGCACACAAAAGAACUCACACCGGUGAAAGGCCUUAUUUGUGUGACUAUCCAGAUUGUGGGAAAGCCUUUGUUCAGAGUGGGCAGCUCAAAACACACCAACGUCUUCACACAGGAGAAAAGCCUUUCGUCUGCUCAGAAAAUGGAUGUUUAAGCAGAUUCACACAUGCAAACCGUCAUUGCCCCAAGCAUCCCUAUGCAAGACUGAAGAGAGAAGAACCCACAGGCAGACUGAGUAAAAAACAAACAGCUGACAAUAAAGCUGUUGCUGAGUGGCUAGCAAAAUAUUGGGAGACUAGAGAGCAGCGCACUCCUACUUUGAAAAGCAAAACAGCUCAGAAAGCUGACCAGGAACAACAAGAUCCCUUGGAAUAUCUUCAGUCUGAUGAAGAGGAUGAUGAGGAAAAAAAUAGUGCUCCCUCAGCUGCCCGCCGUCGCCUUCAGGAGCAGCGUGAACGCCUUCAUGGUGCACUGGCUCUUAUUGAGCUUGCAAACCUGGCUGGAGCACCACUGCGACAGUAGCAUAGGAACUGAAUCUGCCAGUAUAUAAAACGUACUGCCUGGUGGUACUUAACCAGUUAGAUCCUGGGCAUAAGCUAAGCACCUUAUUUGCUUAUCAUAGGCUGCUAUUCUGUAGAAUUUAUGAAGAAUGUUGUUGCCCCACAAGAUGGGGUGAGAGAAUUGCACUUUUUUGUAUGGUAAAAGACAGAUGUAAAGUUUUUAAGUAUUUUGUAAAUAUGGGACUGCACAAUGCAGGGUCAACAAAUUGCAUAUUGUGGAAAGUUAAGAUUUUUGCAAGGUUAAUUCAUUCAUUUGAAGCAGUUCUCACAGGAAGCACUUUCUGAACAUAAUGCUGUAUGAAUAGGAGAAUUGUACAGGUAACAAGAUGAGGAUUAUUUAUCUGACUAUUUAAACAAAAUUACAUUUAGUAUGUUUGAUAAUACUGUAAGCAGUGAUGCAACCAAGUCUUUAAUGGCAAUAUAUUUUGCCUAGUAUCACUGAGAAGAGGGCAAAGGUUCUAACUUGUGGCGGGGAAGAAACUGGUUAUGUAGAAACUGAGAGUUCAGGAUCUUCACUGUGACUGCCCAAAGUAUGAGACUGACUUCGCUAUCAUAUUUUAGACUUGAGAUUUCAGUAGAAUCUCUUGGUCUGAGUAGCACUUGUUAUUCCUAGCACAUGAUGUUGGGAACUUUUGCACAUUGUCGGGCUUAUUUGAAGAUGAAUGAUUAGCCUUGCAAAGUCUAGACAUAAAGGUAACAAUUCGUAAUAUUUCUCAGAUAUUUUGGACCCUGUAAUGAGAUUUGGCACUUGUUUUGUUAAUAAAGUGGGUAUUUACAGGGUGGUAUUGAUUUGUAGUAAACUAUUUAGACAUCUUAUUAGCUAACACUACGUUUUAAAGUUCUGCUUUUAUAUGAAUAUUAGCAAAUAGAAGCCUCCAUAUUCUUUUUUUAAUUGCAUAAAGCCACCUUAUUGCUUUACUUCAGGAUAAGAUGUCAAGUUUGUGUUCACUAAGUGUAGUACAGCUAUCAGUUAAACACGGCAGAAGAAUAUUUGUUAUUCAACUAGAAAAUAGGCUUCCAGAGAUAGUUGCAAGUGUGUUUUAAAUUGUGUGGUUUCAUAUAUCUUUCCCAAAUAAAUGAAGUUACAGAACAUGGCUUAGUGAUCUCAAGCACAAAACGAAAAGUAAGUUUAGCAGUACAUCCUCAUCACCUCAUGUUUUGUAUUGGUUUUAUCUGACUUACAAUACAACAGGCUUGUCUCAUGGUCUUAUUUUGCUUUUCUUUUGAGCAGCAUAUAACCAGAGAUGCAUAAUAUGCUAACAGAUAAUAAAUUUGGUGAAUUGGGCAUGCUCCUGAAUAUUUUUUUUGUCAGGCUGCUGGUUUAGUGGAUAUUAACAAAAAAUCCAGUUAUCUUCAAAUUUAUUGACCUACUGCUUCUGUAGAUCAUAACAUUACCCGGCCUAUAGACCCCUCCCUCUUAUCACAACAAAACCAGAAAAUAUAGAUGUGAAGGGGAGCCAUUUUUCCUGUUAGUGUGAGAGGGAGGAAAAAGUAUUCAAAACUUGAGUAAUUUUUUUAAAACUGAUUAGAUGAGGACAGAUGUUUCAGAAAUCUAACAUGAUUACAGCAGAGAAUGCUACUCUUGAAUUCAGUUUCUAAUAACUGAUGCCUAUAAUGGCAUGAAUUUUAUUAACCUGGUACGUGUUUAGAAUUGAGUUGGUGCACUUAACUAAACAGUGGUCAGAGAGAUUCUGACUUAAGUGGUUAUGAUUUUUAGACUUACCAAUGUAGUUCUUGAUUUCUUGUGUUCAUUUCCUUGUUAAUUUAUUUGGCCUCAAACUUUAAAAAAAAAAAAUUAAAUAAAGCAAAAUACUCUUCUGUGGCCACCUGGAACAUUCUAACUACAUACAACUACUUGGCAAUUCAAAGGCAGUAGCUGUAAAACCUCUAAGACUAACGGUGUUGGGCCCUAAUCCUUCAAGUUACUGGACAUGGGCAGAGCCCUAUGCAUGCCCACAUGGAGCACCACUGACUUUAUAGGCACUCCAUGUGGACACAGAUCUGUUAGCAGCCAGUUGCAGAAUCAGCCAUGUAUUGGGGGCGGGGAGGAGAACCUGUUUCCCCAAUCAAUCAAUUAUAAUAGGUUCAACACAUUUACAGUACUGGAAGAAACUUUCUACAAAUUAUUCAAUACACUGAAUUUGGUCUAACUAGACACAUUCAAGCAGCUUAACCUGUUUUGUUAUACAUUUUGGGAAAAUACCAACUAUAAUUGUUUGAGGUGUUGAAGACUGCUUUUGGAGUAUUUAAUGUAAUUUUGAAGUGUUCUGUGCUGCAUAAGUGUCAGUUGUAGUUUGGCAUGACUUAACAGCAAAAGAGUAAAAGUGCUGUAAUUUUCAUAGGUGCUCCAAAUAAAAGUUGGUUUAAUUUUAAGUUUAAAA